AUGAAAACCCUUAUUCUGGCUGUUGUACUGGUGGAGCUUCUAACAGUCUCAGCCUCAGAGAGCAAUGCUAUACAGCUCAUAAACAAGGGAAAUGACGGAGGAACUGUCUAUCAGACAGUGAACAUCAACAAUAAUAUUAAUGUUGCUUCCUUUAACACCUACUUUGGAACACACUCAACCAAUGCAAUCGUUGACUACAAUAAUGGGUUGAUUGUUUACCAGAUGCCUUACAGGCGGCUCUGUAUUGUGUCCCGGAUGAAUCGAAGCACCUUUCCAAGCAUAUCAGAGCUUCAGAACCUAAUCCAUGAGGAGAAUCCAGCACUGCACCCCCUCAACAGAAACUAUGGUAUCUCUCGCAAGAUAGUCAGAAAUCUGUAUCAGCUUGGAAUGCCUGCCCAAGCAAUGUGUGGAGGUUUCACUACCUACUGGGCCACAGAAUUCCAACAACCAGUAGCAGUUGGAGGCAAAGCCUGUGCAGAUGUGCACCUUCUUAUUCUCAAUGUGAACCUAUGCGGAGGCAUUUCCCUCUUCUAACCAGGAAAAGAUGU